AAAAAUGGUGCGUCUACCGUUUUGGUGCAAACACAACUUUUAAAGCCAUAAUUGUCGACUUCUUGAAGCACCUGAAGGCAACAUCACAAAGCACAGAUACGCCACAUGGCGCAGGUCCUUCCUCCCGGGUCGAUCGUCGUAGCUGACUGGCAUCAGUGUAAAGACAGCAAAGAGUAUUUCAGCAAAAUCCUGCACAAGAAGAGACGCAAAAACUUUGGCCUGUUGGAGUCACCGGUGAUGCCUCCACAUGUAGCUGUGGAUACGGUUCACUACAAGGUCUUCAUCUCUGGCAAGAGUGGAGUCGGGAAAACUGCUCUUGCUGCACAUCUCGCAGGCCUGAAUAUUCCCAACAUGCACUAUGAAACUACAGGUAUUGAGACGACAGUGGUGUAUUGGCCAGCGAAGCUGAGAGAAAGUGGCAGAGUGCUUUUUUUUCGUCUGCAGCUGUGGGAUUGUGGAGAGAACGCCUUACGAAGAUUUGACCAUUUGCUCCCAUCCUGUAAGGAGCAGGUGGACGCCGUCCUUUUCCUGUUCUCCUUCACCGACAGGACAUCGUUUGAUGAUCUGUCAAAUCAAAUUGCUAAAUGGACAGGGCCAUCUGCAGGCCGUGUUGUCAAAUUGGUGGUUGGCACCAAAUUUGACCUUUUCAUGCACUGUGAUGUGGCAGAGAGAGAUGUAAAGGACUUCCAGGAGACCUGGAGCAUACCGGUGCUGCGUAUGGGUGGAGAAGUCAGCGAUGGGCUGGGUGACGUUGCCCCCCUCCUCAACUGCCUGGCAGAAAAUCUGUGGCACCAUGACUGUGUUGCAGCCGGAUCAACCAGCCACCAUUCACAGACGGAGACAGGGACUCUGCUUUAAAAACCGAACAUGAUUUUUACGAGCCAGUUGGGAUGAAACUGGACUCCAUGUGAGGGUGUCUGCCUUUGAAGGAUUGCACUUAGCAGCUGGUCUGAGCUUGAGAUAAGCUCCGUUCCUCAGGAUUAGACUGCUGAUGAAAUAAAAGCUAAUGCACUGCUGCAAAAAUUGAUUUUUUUUUUUUUUAACCGGAAGGGAGGAGAGUGUUGAACAGUAUCAGUAUUAUGAGAGACUGAUCUGGUCUUAAAGAUUGUGAGGUACAAAAUAUUCUGUAGUUAUUCAUGCUUUUGUGCAUGAAAUUAACAGCAAGGGGCUGUUGGUCAUGUUCAUAACAUGUGAUUGUUGAAAAGUGUUUUAAUGUCUUCUAUCAAAGUGGUCAAUGUUUGUAUUUUUUGCGUUCUUCAUGACACUCAUUGAGCAGAGCUGUCUAAUACUUUAACGUGCACAAGAGGAAAAACAUUGUUUGCAUUUUAAGAAAAUAAAGUGAGACGAUAAUUGUUGAGUUGCCAUUUAUUGACUUUAUUCAGUUUAUGAAUUAGACUAAUCUGAUUCUGAUUAGGUCAGACUUUUAUUAGAAAAUAAAGGGGGCAUUACAUAAAAGGCCAGUAUUUUAGUACAAGGAAAAAAAUAUUCCAAA